AUGUUUGACCCUAGCGCCACAUUGGGGGAUAUACAACUUCCCACCUUGCAUUCUCAAUUUGCUGAGCAGCCUAUUGUGAAGCCCAUUCCCCAGUUGUACACCAAUCCUGCCAUGGCAUGGAGUGCCCCCAGCCCAACACCAGCCCAGCAUGCAGGCCCAAUGCCAGUCGGUAUGUCGAACGGGGCCUGGUCCGGCACACUGCCGGUGCCUCCGAUGUUUCCGGGCAUGAUGCCUGCGCUUGCAGGGCCAUCAGUAGAGCCCCUGCAUUCUACUCUCGGGUCUACCACAUCGUUCCAGAAGCCAGCAACCAUGCACCCGAUAAACCCUCCUCAAGGAUCUCAGUUUCCUACCAAUGCCCCUGCCCAGAGACACCCGGUGCCGAAGCCUCGGGUGCCUGACCCUGGCGACCAGCAGGCAUACGAAGCGUGGAUCGAAUGGCGCAAGGCAAACGAGCCUGGUUAUGCCAUAGAGUGCAGCAACGUCGAGCCCAAAGGAACAUGGGAAGCAAGCCACAUGCACAUGCUCCUCGAAGCCUGGAAGUGA